AUGUCGAAAGCAGACACCCAGAGUGCCGCUGCCCAGGAGCAUCUAACCCCUGCAGCAAUGCCUGCGCUGCUGGCAGCCAAGCAGGCGUCUGCAUAUGGUCACCAUGCAAGGGUGUUCGACCUGGCCUUCUCGCCCAGCGAUUCCCGCCUCAUUGCCAGCGCAUCAGACGACGACACGGCCAAGAUCUGGCAGCAGACCAAGGAAGGAGGGGAUUUCAUGCAGGUCUCCUCCUUCCACGGCCACACUGACUCCGUGCUUCGGGUCAGCUGGGCUCCUGAUGGCCGCCUGCUCGCCUCAGGCUCUGCGGACACAACAGUUCGCCUCUGGAGCUUUGACACGCCAGAGGCCUCUGAUGAAAUCCCCAGAUAUGGCGCAGAGGAAGCCAGCUGUCUGGAGGGUCAUCCAGAGGAGGUGUACGGCUGCGAGUUUGUGCACGGAGACGGCGGGUCCCUGCAGCUGGCGACAGGGAGCUCAGAGAACGUGUACCUGUGGGACGUGGCCACAGCCACCCGCCUGACCGAGGCUGGCCCUCCCACAGACAUGCGCGACAACGCUGGAGGCACGCUUCUGCCUCCUUACCCUACCUUCAGCAGCUUAUGA